GAGACUGCAGACGUCGGCAGCCCCGUUGAGUAUAAAGCAGGCGCCGCCACACACCUCCUCACUCUCAACCCUCAGUCAACAACCACAAUGGCUCGCGUUCUCUCACUGGUAUGUCUUCUAGCGGUGGCCAGUUUGGCUCUACUGAUUGGCUGUGAGGCCUCCUACCCUCUGGUCGUAGCACAUGGACAUGGGUACUACCCCUACAAGUCCUCCGGUCAUGGAUACUACGGCGGAUACCCAUACAAAUACGACAACCAUGGGUACGACUACAAAGGCUACCCUGGAUAUGGCUACCACGGUUAUAGUGCUCCCUACGGCUACCCUGCCUAUGGGUAUGGCCACGGACACGCCCACUGGUGAAGAACGAUGGCUGCCCACUCGCCGUGCUUUCAUGAUUGACUCACACGAUGACUGACUGUCUGCCACAUUCGCAUUUUAAUAUCCGCCUUGCUUCUCCAAACUUACAACCAAAACAAACAAAAACUUAAACUUUGUGGUUCUAUAGAUUGUCAGUGAUGUAUUCAAUAAAAGCAUUAGUUUAAAGAA